CCGCCCACGAAUGAGCUCGCGCGGCGACACGUGUCCCGCCCCGAGCUCGAUCUGCUCGAAUUUUACUCCGUGAAGCCGCGAACUGGACCAAAACUCACCGCCCCCGGGUUCGCAAAUGAUCCGCAUCGAAGCCCCGAGGGAAGCGAUCGCGAACCGGACGGACGGCUAAAAACCCUACCGGCCGGCAGCGAAAUUCGCAGCGCUCCGAGGGGGAGCGGAAGAGGAAGAAGCGGGAUGGAGAUGGAGAUGGAGAUGGAGAUGGAUCCGGCGUCGGGGCGGGAAGGUCCCGACGGCGAUCGGAUCGACCGGGGGAGGAAGCAAGAUUUGCCUCCCGACGACGACGUCUGCCCCAUCUGCUUCGGCGACUUCACCGUCCCCUGCAAAACCGCCUGCGGCCACUGGUACUGCGCCAGUUGCAUUUUGCAACUUUGGAAUUAUACUGCCACGUCGGCGCCUUGCAAGUGUCCCAUGUGCUCUCGCAGCAUUUAUAGACUGACGCCGCAGGAGUCGCUUCUUCAUCGGCGCGAGGAGGAGAUUGUUAAGGUUCUAUCAGAUGUUCAUCGGUACAAUCUCCUUUUCGUCGGCGGGGCGCGGGGCUUCGUCCAGAAAGUGUAUCAGUUGCCAUCGUAUGUCAAGAGAUACCUUCUAGGAAUGCUGGAUCCAGAUAGACCUCAUCCCAGUGUUUCUGAAAUUCGCCUUAUAGCAAUGUUACUGAGUGCUCUGUAUAUGGCUACACCUUUUGACUUCAUUCCGACAGGUAGAUUGGGUAUUGUGAGAGUCUUUGACUACACUGCCGUUCUACUGUUUAUGAUGCUACGUCUAGUCGGCUUUUUUCAGAGACGACGGCUUGCCCAGCGGGCGAAAAUGGGACCGUCGGGGGGCGUUCGCGCGAUCUCGCAGGAGGCGUUCGAUGAUCUGGUGAGGGAGAACAUGGAGGACCUCGGGAUGGACCCCGCGGAGGCCCUCCAAGACGCCAUCGAAACCCUCUCUCUUCAAGGCGUCGAUCUCACGGGGAUUGUGACAUGCGCACCAGGAGAGGAUGGUGCCAAAGAUAAUCCAGUGCUACAGUGCUUGGAUGGGUUGAAGCGCAUAGAUUCAGAUUUUAAGAUUCCAAUUCAUGAUAAAGAGGUGCACGGCGAGUUUGUGGCAUUAUUUGAUCGGCUAGCUCAUUUGUGUGUUGAAGAAUCUGGAAAUGCAGCCAUUGCGAUGAGGAAUGGUGGAGUAGAAUUGGUCUGUUCCUUCUGUUCUAAGAUCCCAAUUGAGUGCGACAGUGUUCUCCUCUCAUGUCUGAAGGCAUUAACACCAUUGCUUUACGAUAUUCAGAGCACAGAAACAUUUAAAAAUAGCGAUGGACCAAGAAUAAUUGUGGGUAUUCUCAAAAUCAGCAAAAAUUUUGAGAUCUUGGUUAAUGGUUUUGCCACCGUCGCUGCAGCUGCAACUGGGAAUGAGAUCCUCAAGGAAUCCUUCAUGGAACUGAAAAUUGAUGAGCUUAUUAUGCAAAUACUAAGCAGGCAGAGAGAAGUCUGCAUCCAAAGUGUAUAUGACGCCAUAUGUGCUUUAUUAACAGCGGAUGAUAAUCGUGUUGUGGCUUCUCAAGUGUAUGGUUAUGCUCGGAAAUUUGCAAAAGCUGGAAUCGCAGGAGCCCUGGUAGACUCACUCCAUGAAGGGAUUACCUCACCCAGUCUAGUUUCAGCAUGCAUUGCCUUGAAGUCUAUUGCUGUCAAUGAUGAAAUUUGUAAAUAUAUUGCAGAAAAUGGUGGCAUUGAUGCACUUCUUCGUUGCAUUGAUGACAGUGGAGAGCAAGGCAACAAAUCUAUAGCCAGAGUCUCCUGCUCUCUGUUGUCUAAGUUGGCAGGAAGCGAUGCAAACAAGAAUGCCAUCAUUGAGAAGGGUGGAUUUGAUAGGCUCAUCAGACUGUCUUCCCGAUUUUCUGAGGAUCCUUCAGUUCUGCAAGAGGUUAUGUAUAUAAUUUCAGUGCUCUGCUUGAGAUCUUCAGAUAAUGCAGCCUGUGCUAUUGAAGCAGGAGCUGGAGAUCUUGCUAUGCAGUCCAUGCAAAAAUUUCCUUUAGCACAACAAUUGCAAAGGAGCUCCUGUCUCAUGAUCCGGAACCUUGUUGUUAGAAAUGCGGAGAACAGGACUCUCUUGCUUAAUAAUGGGAUCGAGAAGUAUAUAAGAAAAGCAAAGCAAAACCAUGAAAGCUGUAGGGAUGCUGCUACAGACGCACUCAGAGAUUUGGGGCUUGAUGAUUACAACUUGUAGCCCCUGCACUGGUAAUGGAUUUUCAAAUUUGCAUCGCAUUUGAAAAUCUCGAUAACUGCUUCACUAUUAUUUUGUCGAUCUUGAGAUGACCUGUUCCUAAAGUUUUGGUCAACUAGAGAGACAUUUCACUCAUCUUAUAUGUAUCCCAACAUAGUGUCCGUAUAUGCACGGUUGUAAUUCUGAAGCGCUUUGGUUAAAGGCGAAGUUUCUAUCUUAAAA